UUUCAACAAGAGAAUCAGCGCGUCAUGGACCAGCAAUAACAGUCUCUUAGGUCGGGUAUAGAAGGGAUAAAAUGACCUGACAAAGAUUGAAAAAAAGGGCACACCAGAAAAUACAUCCACAUCGCCUUCAUUCUGGCAUCCAGAACAGUGAGUCGUUUAACCCGCCUCGCUUCCACCAUGUCUCAUCCUACCGCGACCACCACGGCGCCAUGGAAGCAACUAUUCCAGGAACACCUUGAGGAGAGUGCUGGCAAUCGUGGAUCGGGAGCGGAGUUCAUGCUUGCAACGGUCACGAAAGAUGGUCUGCCCCGUGUGCGAACCUGUAUCUUUCGUGGCUUCUGGGCGACUUUGCCCGAGAAUGAGCAUAACAAACUUCCCAAAAAUCCUGCCAUCUAUGAAUCUGAUUGUCCAACUUUCACCACGGACGCCCGCAUGGGAAAGACAUUCGACAUAUUUGCCACCGGCAAGGGCAAAGGAGAUCUAGCACAGUCCCGAUCAGGUUCUGGAGGAGGUGGGCCGGUGGAGGCAGUCUAUUGGGUCAAGGACACAAUGACCCAAUGGCGUAUACGGGGGAAAUGUUGGAUCAUUGGGCCCGAUGAUAUUGAAGGCGGCGAGGAAGCACAGAACUCGGGGACCGUCACUGUCAAGGCCGAGCUCGGUCGAUAUAUGCGAACAAAAAACGGUCACGCGGAGAAGAAUAAGGAUUGGUCAUGGAAGCGUGAGACCGAGAACCACUUUGAGAAUCUCUCGCCUAUGAUGAGAGGCUCCUUUAAGAACCCCGAACCCGGCCAAGCAAUAGAUUUAGGCAAGGAUGAAAAAGCAGGAGAAGGGCUGGGCCAAAAGGCAGGACAUCUUUCCGAUGAACCACUGGCGAGGCAGAAUUUCCGAGUUUGCAUAAUCACACCGGAACAGGUUGAGGCAGUGGACCUGACCGACCCAGCCAACGCCAAAAGACAGAUCUGGACAUUGUCAGAGGAAGUCGGUGGGCCAGGUGGUAGACAACCAAGUGAAACUAUAGGCGAGUGGAAUUUGGUUGAGACAUGGCCUUAAGUACAACAUUAGUCCAACAGAAGAUGUUUUGGAGAUCAAUUCUUAUUGGAAAUUUGACGCUUCGUCAGUCAUUUUCAUUCUUGAAAG